AGCAGUUAUUGGUUUUAUUCUGGGUUCAUGUAAAGAGCUAUUGGUAUAAUUAGGGUGCUGUAAUGUAAAAUACUGUUAGUUUUGCUGUGAGAGGUAUGUUUUUAACUAUCUUAAUUCCUUUCAAUAUAACAAAAGGUAUUGCUUUAUUGUGAGGCCACCCAAUGAAUGAAAAAUACUAAACCCACAUCCCUCUACAUGCGCCAGAGGACCUCUUAAUGCAAAGCAAUCUCAGGGGAAAAAAGCCUUCAAACACUUCCCCCUCUUCCCAUUCCAUCUCUUCAAACACCUUCCAAUCUCUCCAACUUUAAAACUUCCCCCAACCCCCCCCCAAUGCUUCCCCCUUUCCCCCUCCUCUCACCACCACCACCACCAUCAUUCCAAUUCAUUCAAUGGAAACAGAAACCUCAUAUUCUAUGCUCUUCUCCUUUGUUUCAAUCUUUGUUCUUAUGUUCCAACCUUCAAUGUGUUCUACUUCUUUCACUGUAUCUAACAAUUGCCCUCGGACCAUUUGGCCCGGGACUUUGGCCGGGGCGGGGACACCGCAGUUGCCGACAACCGGGUUCAGGCUCGACUCGGGCCAGACCGUGCGAAUACUCGCCCCGCCGGGAUGGUCGGGCCGGAUUUGGGCUCGAACCGGAUGUGAAUUCGACAGCGACGGGGCAGGCAUUUGCCAGACGGGAGAUUGCGGAGGACGAAUGGAGUGCGGCGGUGCUGGGGCCCUCCCUCCGACCACGUUGUUCGAGAUCACUCUCGGGAAGGGCACCGACGAGGACUACUACGACGUGAGCCUCGUCGACGGGUACAAUCUACCAGUCGUCGUCGUCCCGAGGGUACAACACGGCAGGUGCAAUGCAACUGGGUGCAUUACGGAUCUCAACCGUGGUUGCCCGAGGGAGCUGCAGGUGGAGUGCGGGGACGGGGUGGUGGCGUGCAAGAGCGCGUGCGAGGCGUUCGGUCUCGACCAGUACUGCUGCAGCGGAGAGUUUGCGAACCCCAGUACUUGCAAGCCGUCCUUCUACUCGUCGAUCUUCAAAACUGCGUGCCCGCGAGCCUACAGCUAUGCUUUCGACGACGGAACCAGCACUUUCACCUGCAAGGCCUAUGACUACACCGUUGUCUUCUGUCCUCCAGCUACUGGGUAUAUAUAUAUGAUGAAGAGGUCAGAUGAUACAUUGGUUGGCCAACCUGUCGACGGUGGGGAUCAUAGUAGAGAUCAAUCGUUGGAGAUGGCCUCAUCUUCAAGCAAAAGAUCCUUCCACAAAUUGCUGCUUCUUCUAGGCUUGCUAAACAUGAUAAUGAUUAAUUAAUUAAUUAUUUGAGAAAAUUAUUACAAGCUAGAGAAAGUAUUAUGAGCUUAGAAGGUGAAAAGGAAAGAGAAUAUGGUCACAAUUCUUUAGAAUGUGUAAGAUUAUUAUGAGAUUUGGGAAAUUAAUAGAAAGGUUCUCCAAAUAUUUUUCGCAAGACCAUCGACAAACUCAUAAAUUCAAGAAAA